CUCAAGGCAGGUGGCCCUAAAGUACUGCCUAUAUAUAUGCAGGCAAAUAAAUACGAAUUCCUUACGUGAUUGUGAAGGGCUGUGUCCAUACACACAAUGUUGUCUUAAUAUCCCUUGGGAUCUGGGCAUUCUUGUGGCCUUCUUCUGUGAAAUUUGAGUACCUUAGCUGGUGCAUUUCUGAAAUAAUUUUCUCACCCGGCCUUGCCAGCGGUGUCUCAUCCAGUUAUUGGAGGUCUGAUAAUGGGCUCUCUGCAACUACUUAUUGGCUUUACAGUGGAGGACAGCCUUGGGGGGAGUAGCUCUUACUGCACCAUUCUCUCCAGAUUAGGUCUCUCUUCUCUCAUCCCUUACUUUGAGAACUACCGCACUGGUUUUGCCAACUGGUGGCAGGUGAUCUACUGGCUUGGUGCUGUGAGUGCAGCUGCCCUGACCUCCUACGCCACUGGGACGUGGGCACGAGGGGACCCCAUCACUCCGGGUAUGGGCCUCAUUGGUGGGUUCAUGAUGGUGUUUGGAGCACGACUAGCCUCUGGAUGUACAAGUGGUCACGGUCUGUCUGGAAUGGCACUACUGUCCUUCUCCUCUUUUGUCGCGGUGGCCGCCAUGUUUGCUGGAGGGAUUGGUCUGGAGAAUGCUGUCAGACUCUUGCAUAGCUAAAAUAAACUCAUAUCAUAUGCAUGCCAUGUCAUAGCCAGGGUAUUGUACGUGCUGUUUUAAUUUGAACUGUCCUGUGAUCCCCAUUUUAUUAUUUAUUUGUCUUCUGCUGAAUUUAACUGAUUGAUUUAAAACG